AUGAUGAUCAUAUUUUAUGUAGCUCUCAUCGUCACUGCUGCACAAUGCAGAGAAGAGCAAAACUUUUCAACAAAGACGGUUAAUGUUGGUGAAGAUGUCACUCUAACAUGUAGCAAAAAGUCUAAAGGCACAGGACAGAUAGUCUGGAUGAAACUUGUUCCUGGAAACYUGCCUGAAGUCUUAGCUGUAGCUUACACUUUUGAUGAUGGCAUUGUUAAAAUAACUCCUCACUUAACAGCAAAACAUGAACCUGGAUUAUUUGUUCUCCAUAUAAUCCAAAUAAAACCGAAUGAUUCCGCCUUUUACUACUGCGAAGAAAUACUUGAACGCUGGAAAACAGUUCUUAAUGCCACAUUUAUCAUCGUCAAAGGACCUGAACCUAAAAACAAACUGAUCAUUCAAGACCGUCCAUCUGCUGAUGUUCAUCCAGGAGACUCUGUAACUCUCCAGUGUUCUGUCCUCUCUGACUCUGACCAUCAGAUGUGUCCAGAUAAUUACAGUGUUCACUGGUUCAGAGCUGGAUCGGAUCAAACUCAUCCCAGACUCAUUUAUGUUCAUGGUAAUGGUGGAGAGAAAUGUGAGAGCAGUCCAGAGACUCGCGUUCAACAGGAAUGUGUCUACAACUAUUCAUGGAGCAAAAUCAGCUCCUCUGAUGCUGGAACUUAUUACUGUGCAGUGGCCUCAUGUGGAMAGAUACUGUUUGGAAAUGGAGCAAAACUGGACAUUAAAGGUAUUAUUUUUAUUAUUUUUUUUAAUUUGUGA